AAAUGUUAGGUAAGCACUUUUCCACUGAGCUAUAUCUCCAGCCCAUCAUGUUUUAUAUUUACAUUCUUGUUACUUUAGGUAUAAGUAUAAUUUGUUCUAUUUCUGUUAUUAUAUACCAUUCUAUUGCAUAAGUAGUUCACAAUUACUCUUCAAAUCCACUGAUGAUGGAUGUUUCCAUUUUGGCUAUUAUAAACAAUAUUUCUGGGAAUAUUUUUGUUUAUGUAUUAGUGAACCUGUGUGCACAUUUCCAUUAGAUAUAUACCAAAGAAUGAGGUUACAAUUUUGUAAGUUAGAAGUAUUUUCAGUUUUAGCAAUUCUACCAAGCCAUUUUCCAAAGUGUCUGUACCAUUUUACUCCUACCAGCAAAGUAUGAAAAUUUGUGUUUCUCCACAUCACUGCCAACAUUUAGGUUGUUAGUUUUAAUUUUAGCUGUUCCGUUGGAAAAUACUAGUAUUAGUAUCUCAGUGUAGCUUAAGUGUGUGUUUCUCUGAUGACUAAUAAUGUUAAGCAUCUUUUUGUAUGUUUAUUCACCAUUUGGAUAUUGUCUUUUGUGAAAUACCUAUUAAAUAUUUUUCUUUUUUCUAUUGGAUUAUCAAUAUUUAUCUCAUUACUUCUUAAUAGUUUCCAUAGUACAAGAGUCCUUUGCUUUGAUUAGAUAUUGCAAAUCUUGAAGAAGGCUGUUGCAGUGCUGAGGAUGGAGCUUGGGGCCAUACUGUGCAUACUGGUCAAGUAUUCUACCACUGAGCUACACCCCUAGUCCCUAAGAAGGAUUUUUAAAAUGGGAUCAGUGUCAUUCGAGGAUGUGUCUGUGGACUUCACCCAGGAAGAGUGGAAUCAACUGGACCCUAUUCAAAGGAGCCUAUACAGAGAUGUGAUGCUAGAGAAUUAUAGCCAUCUUGUCUCUUUGGGGUAUCCUAUUACCAAACCAGAUGUAAUCACCUCUUUGGAGCAAGGGGUCCUUGGCAUCAUAAAGAGAGAAAUCCCGAGUUCAAGUUGCACAGCUCAACUUUCAUAUACGUUUUCCCAAGAAAAGAAGGAAAUGGCCAAACCCCAGGAACUAGUGACAUUUGAGGAUGUAGCUGUGGAUUUUACCCAGGAGGAAUGGCAAUACCUGAACCCUCCACAGAGGACCCUAUACAGAGAUGUGAUGCUUGAGACCUACAGCAACCUUGUUUCUGUGGGCUCCGAAGACCAAGGAGGUAUCUAUCAUUUAUCAUCUUCAGAACAGCAGGUUACUAAACCAGAUCUCAUUAUCAAGCUGGAGGUAGAAGAACCAGAGCCAGAAGAUGGGGAGAUUUCAGUUUGGAGCUUUCCAGAAGUCUGCCAAAUUAAUGAACAGUUUGAGAGGCAACAUCAGGAUAACCAAGAUAAGUAUCUGUUGAUGCAAUUUGGAUUCUCUGAAGACAAAAUAAUUACCAAGAGUGACCAGAACUGUGCUGAAUUUGAAAACACAUUUCAUCUGAGCACAAGCCUUGUUGUCCCAAUGCAAAGAACCCACAAAUUUGAAUCAUUUAGAAAUAAUAUGGUGGACAAUUUAAGCUUGCUUAGUAGAAGCUCUACAGAAAAUAAACAUGAUACUGGGUAUGCAAAGUUAUUCUUCCAUACAGAAUAUGAAAAACCUAAUUUCAUAGUGAAACCCUGUGGAUAUAAAGAAUAUGACAAAACCCUCAGGCGAAAGAAAGGUCUUAGCCUUCAUCAGAGAAUUAAAAAUGGAGAGAAGCCUUUUGAAUGUACUGCAUGUCAGAAAACCUUCAGCAAAAAGUCACACCUCAUUGUACAUUGGAGAACUCAUACAGGAGAGAAACCAUUUGAGUGUACUGAAUGUGGGAAAGCUUUUAGCCAAAAGUCCCAGCUCAUUAUACACCUCAGAACUCAUACAGGAGAAAGACCCUUUGCAUGUCCAGAAUGUGGCAAAGCCUUCAGAGAAAAGUCAACUGUCAUCAUACAUUAUAGAACACAUACAGGAGAGAAACCUUAUGAAUGUAAUGAAUGUGGAAAAGCCUUCACUCAGAAAUCAAACCUCAUUGUCCAUAAAAAAACCCACACAGGAGAGAAAACCUAUGAGUGUACCAAGUGUGGGGAAUCUUUCAUCCAGAAACUUGACCUAAUUAUACACCAUAGUACUCACACAGGAAAGAAGCCUCAUGAAUGUAAUGAAUGUAAGAAAACAUUCAGUGAUAAGUCAACCCUCGUUAUACAUCAGAGAACUCACACUGGAGAGAAACCUCAUAAAUGUACUGAAUGUGGGAAGUCUUUCAAUGAGAAGUCAACCCUCAUUGUGCAUCAAAGAACUCAUACUGGUGAGAAGCCCUAUGAAUGUGAUGUGUGUGGGAAAACUUUCACUCAAAAGUCAAAUCUAGGUGUGCAUCAAAGAACUCAUUCAGGAGAGAAACCAUUUGAGUGUAAUGAAUGUGAGAAAGCCUUCUCUCAAAAAUCCUAUCUCAUGCUACAUCAGCGAGGCCACACUGGAGAGAAGCCCUAUGAAUGCAAUGAAUGUGAAAAGGCAUUUUCUCAGAAGUCCUAUCUCAUUAUACAUCAAAGAACUCAUACAGAAGAAAAACCCUUUAAGUGUAAUGAGUGUGGAAAGGCAUUCCGAGAAAAGUCAAAACUCAUUAUCCAUCAGAGGAUCCACACAGGAGAGAAACCCUAUGAAUGCCUUGUGUGCUGGAAAGCUUUUAGCCAGAAGUCACAGCUCAUAAUCCAUCAGAGAACACACACAGGAGAAAAGCCCUAUGAAUGCACAGAAUGUGGUAAAGCAUUCAGGGAAAAAUCCACAUUCACAGUACAUCAAAGAACUCACACUGGAGAGAAGCCCUAUAAGUGUGCAGAAUGUGGCAAAGCCUUUACCCAGAAAUCCAACCUUAUUGUACAUCAGAGGACCCAUACAGGAAAGAAGGCCCAUGGAAGAGGCCAUACCUGCAAGGCAAAACUCACUACAAAAUAUGGAACAAAGCACUAGUGUCUUUCAUAUACCCAAAAGGAAAGAUGUGUUGAUUUAAUGUUGAAAAAGAAUGACCUGAAUUCUAGUCUAAUCAUUGGGAUAGGGUCGGCAUUUCUUUUCAUCUAUUUUCACCCUAAUGCAGGUUGAAAUAGAAACAGAUGAGUAAUUUCUUUGGAAACCACUGCAACCAUAGGGCUGUGAGUCUAAAAGGCAAUCAAACCCUAGUGCAUGAGAUUUCACAGCUUCAGAAGUGAGGCAGCAUAGCUAAGGACUCUCCUCUGAGGGCUGAGGUACACGGUAAGGUGCAUGACCAGAGACAGCUGUGACAAAGACCAUGUGUGAGGCCUGAGGAGAAACGGGCAGACAGACCUUAUAUUUACAGAAAGUAAUCAGACAGAUUUGAGGGAGAGCUGGAGGUGGGGAAGCUGGGGCAGAUAAAGGGAUAUAGUUAGUCUUCUUUACUGGCUUGGGAAAAGUAAAGUCUGAAAGAACUAACAGAAGGUAAGGGGUGUCUCAUUUGUUUGAAAAACUGAUCUGUCUAGAAUGUGGCCCUGGCAUCUUCCUCCACAAGAACCUCAGGCAAACAGCAAGUCCAGGAGCAACUCUUCUCAUUCAAAGAAAAGCAUUUAAAAGUAAUAAAAAUCACAAAUACAUUUCUACUUCUAGGAAUACAUAUAUUCACAUGUGUACAAAGUGAUCAAAACAGAUAUUUGUUGAUGCAGUGUUUGAAAACAAAAGAUUAGAAGCUUUCCAAAUGGCAUCGCCUGGAUUCUUCUUCCUAAAACUGAUAUAUAUCCAUACAGCAAACUCAAGACAAAAACGAACAAAAAGAAUGUGGAUAUCAUUUCUGUAAUGGUUUGGGGUAGUCUCCAAGUUACAUCAUUAGAUAGGAAAAGCAAGGUGCAACACAGCAAGUAUAAUGUGCUACUUCCAAAGGGGGAAAUGGUAAGUACAGAGUACAUUGUAUGCAUAAUCUGUUUCUGGAAAGGAAUAUAAGAAUCUGAUUAUCAUUAUUAUCUUACAAAAGGGAAGGGGGCAGUAUGUGACUAGGGAGAUGAAACCUCGAGACACCUGUGCAUUCUCUCAUAGCUUUGGAAAGUUGUACAGUGUGGAUAUAUAACCUUUUUGACAAAUAAAUCUUUAAAACCGUAUUUCAUUCCUUUAAUAGUUAAUUCUAGAUACAUAAUUUAUAACGUUUAGUGUAUAUAAGCUGAGUAGAGUUUAUUUUCAGUGAAUAAACUGAAAUACUGGCAAACAGGAGCAAAUAUUCAAUCAAUUCCUAAAAUAUGUAGGCAUUUUUUUCUAAGCAUGAAGUAAAGUAAUUCUAAGGUCAUCUGGGACCAUAUUACAUAAGCCUAAAAUAACUGAAACUGGAAUAUAUUUCAUAUUUAGGGUACACAGUGACACAUGUGAGAAGUUACUUUAUUAAAAUUCAUUGAUAUCUUUUCAAAUCUUAAAAUGAUUUAAAUGACUUCAUAUGCAUACACUGUUUUUACAAGAAGCAUAAAGUACCAAUUCAAUGGGAGGCAGAAUAACUUGCUCCAAAUAUUACACAAGUGCUAGUAACAUGGAUUUCCCAAGAUCACAGAUGAAAUCGAGACCCAUGAGAACAAUAAAACAACAUUUGCUAUAGAACAAGAGAUCUUGUCUGUGAAUUACUCUAUUUGUAGCCCUCUUGAUAAUAUGGCUAUUCAUUGAGUCUGUGCCUAGCAUUAUUAGGCAACCCAAGCUAUGUAAAACCUAAAGGUCAUCAGAGUUUAUACUCAACAGAUGAAUUAGACUUGAGUCUGUACCUUUCUAGACCACCUUGUUUAAGACUGUGUGUGUGCAUGUGCAUGUGCUCAUUGAGGCCAUAGAGUCACUCCCAGCAUAUUUUUUGUCUAUUUGUGUCCAUAUUUAUUUUCUAGAGUCAGAUCCUAAACGUUAAAUUGCUUUGAUAUUGAUUUCUAAAUUGCAUUUAGAAAGUUUAAUACACUACUCUCAAUAAUCUUCUUUCAAACUCCAUAGCCCCAGUCAAACACUAAUGUAUAAAAUUUGCUGAACUUGGGUCCUCUGUAAGAGCUCACUUAAACACUGGGCCAUUUUUCCAGCAUCUUUUUUUUAUUUAUUUCUGGGGAGGGAAAGUGAUCAGUAGGCUCAGGUUGGGAUGGGGGGGUUGUUAUUUCAGUGCUGGAGCUCAAACAUGGGGCUUUGCAAAUGUGAAGUGCUCGCACACUCUUCCAUCCUCAUCCUCAUUUUAUUUUUGAGCUCUGUACAUCACGUGUCCAAUUCCAGGUACAGGAAAUGUAGGGCCAACUAGAUUGUUCCUGGUGCAGUCUAUAGAAAAGAUGCCCAAGAGAACUGGAAGUAGCUAUUUGAUUUUUUUACCAAUAGAAAAUAACCCCAAUUAAGUUAUUCUGCAAUAAGGUGAGAGCUCAGCUUGUACCUUUUCCUGUGAAUCUUGUACACUUUCCUAUGCCACAGAUGGCAACUUGCUCCAGCUACAUUUAAGCAAAUUGAGGUGAGAGAGUCAUAGACUGAAGAGGAAGGGAUGAGGAUGAACUGCAGGAUGCAAAUGUGCUGAUGUUAGAGGGAAAGAGAGGAGGGUAAUGAAGAACCAAGUAUGGCUAAAUGGGGCCAAUAAAAGGCAGAAUUGGGAACUGUUUCUAGUGGUCCAAGUUGGGGUCAUCCCUGGGGAUGCCUGGAAUCUUCCCUAACACCCAGUUUCUCUCUGUCCCCAUGACGUCUUCCUCUAUCAUAGUAUCUAUUUCACUGUUUUCCUGCUCCAUCCUGUUCCAACUCAGCUAUCCAUUUCCUUGUGUUCUCAUUCUCCAUCCCCCUACCCUCCAUUCCAUCCCAUAUACCUAUGCUCAUAGUGCCUGUCAUUACCCAAAGGUUCUGUGACUAUAAGUUUUGACACCACAGAUCCUUGUUACCUAUGAGUAUCCAUCAUUCUUUCACUCCAGCUGUCCAUCCAUUUUGAUGGCCCAUCCCUUUUCCUCUGUUCACUCACCUGCACUUCUCUCCACUCAACUACAUCUAGCAGGAACAUUCGCUAAACAUUGCCUUCCCUCACUUCCAAUGUAACUACUUGCCAAUUCACUCUCAAAUACUACCCGUGCCAUGGGGAGUUGGUGAGGACCAAGAAGAGAACCCCAAUAUGAGCAUAGAUAUAUGAGGUGGAAACAACCUGUACUCCGGACUCAGUGAAGGUAAGGACUCUGUGCUCCAUGUCCUUGUUGGUGUUUAUAUUUAGCAUGUCUGAGACCAUCAUAUAUCAAAAAAAGUAGCUGGGAAUAAAAUUUUAUCUCUGAAGAUGAGGAAACCCAAAGGAUCUAUAAAUUAUUAAAAUAAAGUAAAUGAAAGCUUAGCAAUAUUAGUUCAAAAUUUAGAAAUGUCUUUGUACCAUCAAUGACCAGAACAAGGAUCAUUAAUUCAGUGUGGAGGAACAGAAACAUAACAAGGCCAUUCAUUGAGACUCUUGAGUUUAAUGAGGAUUAAUCUAUAAAUGUCUAGAAUGCUUUAGGAAAGGAGUAGAGAACUGGAGGAAAAGUAAAAAGGCCAUGUAUCAGAUGAUCAUGGAGGUGAGGUGAACUAGGACCCACUCUCAAACCUAAGCAAAGGAUGGGACAGUGAACUGUGAAGAUGUCCUGUCACUGAAGGAGUUGGCUUCCAUGUGUUAAAACCACCAGAGACCAGUGUCCUUUAAUAAAACAUCAUGGCAAAGGAUUUGACACCCACUCACCAGCUGCAUCUACUCACCAUCCCAGUGUUUUAAGUGCUCAGCUCCCUGUGCAACUUUAGAUUUUUCUCCCAUCCAGGGCUCUUCAUCAACAUGAAGAUCAUAACUGCUUUGAGAACUUGUCACCCUUAUGUAGACAUGAUUAAAGAUUACCCACUUAAGCUUGGAGUCCUGUCAUGGCUAAGAAAGGGACAGCUUCAUGGGCUACAUAACACAAACAACCAUUUCUGUCAGGCCAUUCUGCAUCCUCCAGGGACCACAGAAAUGGGGAAUACAAGCACACACACAGAGGCAAGAAACAAGCUACAUGUGUGGGCCCAUGUAUUGGCUCCUCUGCUAAGGUUCUGACUAGUAUAGACCUUGUCCUCAGCAUCCAAGAUAAGUGAAAUGUCUUAACUAUGAGAAUGCAAGGCAGGAAAAAUGGAGAAAGAUAAACAUGCAAAGAUGAAUUCAAGAAAGUAGGUGUGUCUAUACUAUAACAGGAUACAGAAGUUCCCUUUUACCAAGGCUGUUUUUUCUUUAAUUUCAGUCAACUCUGUUCUGAAAAUAUUAAAUGGAAAAAAUUCCAAAAAUACUGUUUUAAAUUGAGUGUCAUUCUUAGAAGCAUCAGAUUUUAUUCCACCCCAUAAAUCUCUUUAUCAAGCAUUUUCAUACUGUUAGCUACUGCCUGUUAGUGAUUCAGUAGCCCUCUUGGUUUUUGAAUUGACUGUCACAGGGCUUGUAUUCAAAUGCUUAUUUUACUUAGUAAUGACCCUGAAGCAUAAGAGCUGUGAUGCAAUGUUUUUUAUAUAUCUUAGAGAAACCUUUCAUUGAAAAAGUGAAAGGUCUGAACUUAAUAAGAAAAAAAAUAUAACUUGAUGUUGCCUAAGCCUAUAACUGAGAAUGAAUCUUUGGAGCCAGGUGUGGUGGUACAUCUGUGAUCCCAGCACUAAGGAGGCAGAGACAGGAAAAUCACAAAUUCAAGGACAUCCUGGGAUACAUAGUAAAACCCUGUCAAAGAAGAAAGGAUACAAGGUGAUGGAAGCAGUAAGAGAAAGAUCUUCUGUCCAUGAGCUUGUGAGGGGAAAAAACUUUCCUGCUAAUUUUGCUGUUGUACCUCAAAAUGCGAAUGUUACAGCCACAGUGCUCAGUAAGGUCAUAAGUAUGCUAAGCAAGGCAUUAAAUUACAGGAUUAGCUACUUUCCAUGGUUUUAGGGUUUUGGGACUUUACCAAUGUCUUUGAACAUACUCCCUGCAGAUGAAGGACACUCUGACUCACAGAUUGGAUGCCUUAAACAAUAAACACGGUUCUGGACAUGGUGAAGUCCAAGAUCAAGGCACUCAGAAAAACCUGUGUCUGGUGAUGCCUGGCUUCCUGGUUUGCAGAUGGCAUCUUGUAUCUGCAGAAAGAAACUCCUUUUCAAUUAAGAUACUAAUCCUAUCAUAGGGGCUCUGCUAUCAUGACUUCAUCUAAUUCCAAUUAAUAGAGAAAAGCCCCACGUCCUAACCCUAUCCAAUUGAAGGUUAAGGUUUUACAUCACUGUGCUUGGGGCACAGUGAGUGCAAACAUGCAGUCUGCAACAGUAGCCAAGUACUUGAAUGUAUUUCGGUUCAAAAAUUUCAUAAUUCUGAAAAUAAUUUUGAAUGUAAACUACAAAUUAGAAAACUGCUAACAAAAUAAGAACUGAUUAUAAAAUUCGAAGAGAAAAACAUUAACCAGAAUGAAGAAAUAUAUCUUGUAUCAAUAAAAGAAAUUAUAUUUGUCAACAGA